AUUUCUAAGCAAUGCCCGCGUUAUGGAGGGGCUUUUAAGAUGAUAAUGAUAAUAAUGUUCAGGUUCUUCGUUUGAUAACAAUUCCAGAGACAAUAGAGCAGAACCGAUCUACAAGCUAGUUUGAGUUGAUUGCAUUUGCAAACAUGUUCGAGGGAUAUACCCCGUUCCAAUUCGAGGUUGAACCCGAUAUUACCAUUCGCGGUGUGCAGGGGGGUACGACGUCAGGACCUGCACUUUUGCUGCUACACGGAUACCCCCAGACGUACCUGAUAUGGCACCUGGUAGUGACCGAUCUCGCGAAGAAAUACACCAUAGUGGCACUGGACCUGCGCGGGUACGGAGCGUCGUCCAAACCACGUGGCGACGGAAACCACGCGAACUACAGCAAGCGCGUGAUGGCACGGGACUGCGCUCGGGUGAUGGGAAAAUUGGGACAUUCACGAUACUACGUGUGCGGACAUGACCGCGGAGCGCGGGUGACGCAUACGCUGUGCAUCGACUACCCGGAGCGGGUGAUGAAAGCGAUGUUACUCGACAUUAGCCCGACGCUGACUAUGUACUCGAAGACAGAUUUCGAAUUCGCCAAAGCGUACUACCACUGGUUCUUUCUCAUUCAGGCCGCGCCUUUACCCGAGGUCGCGAUCGGAGGGGAUGCGGUGGCUUUUUUCAGGGCAUUCAUGGGCCGACGGGAUGGAUUGGGGGUUUUCGAGCCGAGAUGUCUGGAUGCGUACCUGGAGGUCAUGAAGGAACCGGAGACCAUCCAUUCAACCUGCGAGGAUUACCGGGCUGCGGCAACGGUGGAUUUGGAUGAUGCGCGGGCGGACAUUGCGGCUGGGAGACAGAUUCAGUGUCCGCUGCGGGUUCUCUGGGGGAAGAAAGGGGUGAUUGAAAAGAGCUUCAACGCGAUUGAGGACUGGAAGGAGGUCUCUGCGACGAAAGAGGUGGAUGGGCAUGCGGUGGACUGCGGGCAUUACAUUCCAGAGGAGGCCCCGCAGGAGCUGUUGCAGAAUAUCUUGGAGUUUUUCCGGUAGAUUCUACCGAGAAUUAAGACGUGUUAUCCAUGAUUCAUCAGCGGAGAGCUCCGUAGGACUACCUACGGCAGUACUC